AUGGGUGCCAGAACUCUCACGGAACGAUCAAAACAGGGGUCUCGACAACUGUCCACUGCAUCACUCGUAGCCAUGGCAUGUGGAUUUGGAGGCUUACAGAUUCUUUGGUCCACGAUCUUCUCCCACGGCUCAUCCUACCUGUUUUCUCUCGGUAUAUCCACAACCCAAUCAUCGCUCAUAUGGGCAGUUGCACCACUCUGUGGGUCAACCAUUCAACCUAUCAUGGGUGUCAUCAGUGAUCGAUCACGUAUUGCAUGGGGCCGACGAAGACCAUUUAUCCUCGGCGGAGUGCUAUCUACCAUCUUUGCAGCCACAACAUUAGCCUGGUCUGAGCCAAUUUCGGUAGCGGUCUGCACGCUCUUGGGCAUAAGUAACGCCAACGGAUGGUGGGGAACUGUUACGCGGACUGUUGCUAUUCUAGCGAUUGUCAUCCUCAACAUCUCGAUCCAGCCGCUCCAACUUGGCCUUCGCUCGUUGCAUGUCGACAUUUGUCCGCGAGAACAACAAGCCAUAGCAAGUGCAUGGGCAGGCCGUUUUACUGGUAUGGGAAACAUUAUCGGCUAUGUUCUUGGGUCCUUACCGCUGCCUUGGAUCUCUGGUGAUUAUGAAGCCAUGCGGUUCCGAUAUAUGGUUUAUUGGACUACCCUCGCACUCAUCGCCACGUCACUUGUUACUUGUUACUAUACCGAAGAGGAAGAUCCGUUAAUGUCAACGUACGACCCGGGUCUUGAGCGCUCAGUCUAUCGAGUUUUCCGAAACCUUCUCGAUGGCUUCUCGCAAGCUUCCAAUAGGGUACGACACGUCUAUCUCGUCCAAUUCUUUUCUUGGCUCGGAUGGUUUGGGUUUCUAUUCUACAGCACAAGCUUCAUCGGACAGCUUUACGUCGACGAGCAAGCAAGAGAUAAUGUCACAAUAAGCUCAUCAAUCAAGGACCACGGGAUGAGGUUAGGUGCUAGGGCGAAUCUGCUCUUCGCCACUAUAGCUCUAGCAACGAACAUCGCGUUGCCGAGACUCUCAGUGAUGUUGAGAUCGAUGCUUGCAAGGGCGAGAACUCAUGACAAAGGCGCCCGAAGCUCUUCUAUACUGACUAUCAUUUGGAGUUUUAGUCAGGCGCUUUAUGCGACGAGCGUUCUAUCCACGACAUUGGUAUCAUCAAGUGCGACAGCAACGUUCAUGAUCGCUAUUGCCGGUAUCUCAUGGGGUGUGACUCAGUGGGUACCAUUCGCCAUAAUUGGGGAGGAGACAGCAAAGUUUUCCAUUGACGAAGAGUCUGCUAAAAGAGAGGAUGAACAUGUAUGGAGCGUGGUACAGGGUGGCACAAUCAUUGGUUUGCACAACACUGCCAUAUCCUUACCUCAGAUCUUCGCGGCCCUUAUCAGUAGUGCAAUUUUUUGGGUUGCGCAAAACCUAAAUCAAAAGCAUGCUAUAGUAUGGGUAAUAGGUUGGACUGGGGUUCCUGGAGCAGUAGCUGCUUGGCUUGCUUUCAUGAUGUAG